AUGGGGGAGCUGGAAGGAACCUACCGCGUCCUGCAGACCCCAGGGACACGCCUAGGCGCCCCGACCCCUGCGGGCGUCAGCACCCUCGAGCCUGGGCAGGGCCCCUCGGCAGCAGCGGCGUGGCCAGCGGCCAGGACACCCAUCCGAGUGCAGCUGCUAGACAGCUCCGUCGAGGUGUUUGACGUUGAGCCUAAGCGCGACGGCCAGGUGUUGCUGACCCAGGUGUGGAAGCGCUUGAAUCUGAUAGAAUGUGACUACUUCGGCUUGGAGUUUCAAAACGUCCAGUCCUGCUGGAUCUGGCUUGAACCUAUGAAACCCAUCGUUAGACAAGUACGAAGGCCAAAGAACUCAGUGCUCCGCCUAGCAGUGAAAUUUUUCCCACCGGAUCCGGGUCAGUUGCAAGAAGAAUAUACACGAUACUUGUUUGCCCUGCAACUUAAGAGAGACCUUCUGGAGGAGCGUCUGACCUGCACGGACACCACGGCUGCCCUCCUGGCGUCCCACCUCCUGCAGGCGGAAAUAGGAGAUUACGAAGAGGCGCUGGUCCGGGAGCACCUGCAGGCCCACGAGUACCUGCCGGGCCAGGAGCGGGCCCUGGAGCGGAUCCUGGAGCUCCAUCGGGGGCACGCGGGCCAGACACCCGCCGAGUCCGAUUUCCAGGUGCUGGAAAUUGCCCGGAAGCUGGAAAUGUAUGGCAUCAGGUUUCACACGGCCUCUGACAGGGAGGGCGCCAAGAUCAACCUGGCCGUUUCCCACAUGGGCAUCCUCGUCUUCCAGAGCAGCACCAAGAUCAACACUUUCAACUGGUCCAGGCUCCGGAAGCUCAGCUUCAAGAGGAAGAGGUUUCUUAUCAAACUCCACCCAGAGGUCCAUGGGCCUUACCAGGACACCCUGGAAUUCGUGCUGGGGAGUAGGGACGCGUGUAAGAACUUCUGGAAGACGUGUGUAGAGUAUCACACCUUUUUCAGACUUUCUGAUCAGCCGAAGCCCAGAGCUAGAGCCGUCCUCUUCAGCAGAGGCUCCUCCUUCAGAUACAGUGGAAGAACUCAGAAGCAACUAGUGGAUUAUGUCAAAGAUGGUGGGAUGAAGGGGAUUCCGUAUGAAAGAAAACACAGCAAGACCCGGAUGUCUCUCCGCGCCCUAAAUGCCAACUUGCCGAGGCAGCAUCUUGUUCACCGAGGGCACGAGGACUCCCGCGUCCCCGUCUUCAACAAGUGCCUCCUUCUGUUCGGGCCCCGCCUCCUCUCCAGCCCCCAUGGGCCUGCUCGGUUCCAAGGACAGCAGCGGCUCCCCGACGGGGCCCCCGGCUCCCAGCGCCAGGUGGCCAGCUGCAGAGAGGAGCGGAGUGGCCGCAGCCCCACCCCCCGGGCCGCCUGCAUUCCAGCCUUGCCAAGGGGAGCGCCCACUUGUGGCCUGCAGAGCCUCCGGGGGGGCCCUGUUUUCACAUUGACAAGCACCCAGCUGCCGGCGUUCGAGGAGUUCAGAGAUGGCGGCUUGGCAGACAUCUCCUUCUUUGCCGGAGGCUCUGAGGCCUUUCCUUUCCCCUUUGGCAGUCUGCGCCCGCAGGCCCUGCUGUGUGGCCGUCUGGGGUCUGCCCCGUCCAGCCCAGAGGGGUCCUCCCCGGAGCCGGCCCGUGGGAGUGGGGCGCGCGGCUUUGAGUCCGAGGAGGAGGGCAGCCUCGGCGACGCGCACCCCGCCGACACCUCGGAGCUGCUGGAGGUGAAGGCGCAGGCCAGCCUGAUGCAGCGCCUGCUCAGCCCGUCCGCCGCCAGCUCGCUCCGGCUCCACCGGUCCGAGACCAGCUCCCUCAGCAAUGCACCGCUGCCCGGCAGCCUGUCUGCACACACGCCUGGCUCUGCCGCCCAGUCCGAGGCCAGCUCCAUGGCCAACUUCCCCGCCUGCUCGGUCCGCUCCGAGGCCAGCUCGGCCUUCCAUUUCUCGGACAUCAUCGACCAGUUAGAGCAGCUCAGCUGCCCGCCCACGACGGCCGAGGACCCGAGCGGCUCCGACACAGACUCGUGGGGCUCCGAGGCCGAGGCCCCCCUAGACGUGAGCCUCUUCUUCGGUCCCUCGUGGCUCCGGUCCCGGGACGUUCACACCCGCCGCCCCCGCACCUCCCAGGCCACGGGUCCGUCUGCAUUGGUGCUGACUGGCCAGCGUCUGUGGAGAGACUGUGUGACCAUGACCGACGUCACUAAGGUGUCUCUUUAUGCAAUUCCGGGCUACACAGGGACACGACGGACCUUGGAGUGUGAUCCUGAACAGCUCCGCCGGGAAGCGAGCGUCUUCUGCAGUCAAGGGAGCCGUGCCUCGGGCACAGCCCAGCGCCAUCCAGAGCCCUCGGUCGGCCUUUCCGUGGAGAGUCCUCAGCUUCCCUCCACCCGGAAGACCCCACCGAGCCUGAGCCCACUGGGCCCAGCCGAGCAGGGCUCCUCUCCCCUCCUGAACCCCGUCCUCAGCGACGCUGGCGGAGCCGGGACAGACGACCAGGAAGAGCUGAGACACAAGUGUGCGCCCGCGGACGAGGCCUAUUUCAUAGCAAAGGAGAUUCUUGCUACAGAGCGAACAUACCUGAAGGAUUUAGAAGUUAUUACCGUGUGGUUCCGGAGCGCUGUGGUCAAGGCGGACGCCAUGCCUGCGGACCUGAUGACCCUGGUCUUCUCCAACAUCGACCCCAUCUAUGAGUUCCACAGAGGCUUCCUGCGCGAGGUGGAGCAGAGGCUGGCGCUCUGGGAGGGGUCUUCCAGUGCCCAGGCCACAGGCGACCACCGACGAAUCGGGGACGUCCUGCUCAGCAACAUGCUUCAGUUAAAGGUAGCGCGGGUGAAGCGCGGCGUCCCGAGAGGACGGCGGACAGGCCAGCCCGCGCUCCGCUCCGAGCGUUAUUUCCACGGGGACAGCCCUUCCUCGGGACGCGCCCCGCUCAGGGCAGGUCCUCUGAGAGCCGCCUUGCGCGCAGCGCAGCGCUGGCCGGCACUCUCGUCCCGACACGCUCUCCUCAGGAUAAAGCGCGCUCUCCCAGGGCUGCGUCCCGCCGGGCCAGGCUCCCCUCAGAGCCGCGGGCCGGUGCAGCUGCUCCUGCUGAGCGCGCGCCCGUUCCCGGCCUCUCCCGCGGGCCUCGGCGCCCCGGGCGGCGGCGCGGGUCGUGCUUCCAGCGCUCGGCGCUCUCGCGGGACCGGGACGGAUGGGGUGGGCGCCGCCAGCUCGUCCCCGAGGCUUCCCGCCGAGGCCCCGCCCCCGAGGCCCCCGGUUUUGGGGGCGGAGGAGCGCGGCGUGAACUUCGGGCCCACACGCACGCGCGGCCGCCGGGGCCCGCCGCUGCAGCGCCUGCGCCACUACCGGCUGCUGCUGCGCCGCCUGUGCGCCUCCGACCGCCAGGACCCCGACCGCGGCGACCAGGACCGCGCCGAGCGCCGCGAAGCCCUCAAGGCCAUCACGGAGGUGACCUCCACACUCCAGCACAGCCUCGUCCGGCUGGAGAACCUCCAGAAGCUGAUGGAGCUGCAGCGGGACUUGGUCGGCAUAGAGAACCUCAUUGCUCCCGGCAGGGAGUUUAUCCGCGAGGGCUGCCUCCACAAGCUCACCAGGAAGGGCCUGCAGCAGAGGAUGUUCUUUCUGUUCUCAGACAUGCUGCUGUACACAAGCAGAGGUGCCUCAGGGACCAGCCACUUCCGGAUCCGGGGACUCCUUCCACUGCGCAGCAUGCUGGUGGAAGAACGUGAGAACGAGUGGCCUGUCCCGCACUGUUUCACCAUCUACGCCGCUCAGAAGACCGUCGUGGUGGCAGCCAGCACCCAGCUGGAGAAAGAAAAGUGGAUGAGGGACCUGAACGCUGCCAUCGAUGCAGCCAAGAGCAGCGCCGACACGGCCCUGGCACCGCUGGGCAGCCAGGGGCUGACUUCUCCCCCAGGGCCCUCCGACGAGGUCUCUCUGGAGGAGUCGGAAGACGAUGCUCGCAGGGCCCGCUGCUCCUCAGGGGGGCCGGGCCAGCACCGGGCCAGCACCACCAUGCACGUGUGCUGGGACCGCACCACCAGCAUUUCCAGGGCUGACUGCAGCGCAGCCGUCGAGAACCAGCUCUCGGGAUACCUGCUGAGGAAGGUCAAGAACAGUGGCGGCUGGCAGAAGCUCUGGGUGGUCCUCACCAAUUUCUGUUUGUUCUUUUACAAAACUCACCAGGACGACUGCCCCCUGGCCAGCCUCCCGCUGCUGGGCUACAGCGUGAGCCUUCCCGGGGAGGCCGACGGCAUCCACAAGGAGCACGUCUUCAAGCUCCAGUUCAAGUCCCACGUCUACUUUUUCCGGGCUGAGAGCAAAUACACGUUAGGGAGGUGGAUGGAGGUGAUAGAGAGUGCCAGCACCUCACCAGGGAGGGCCAGGACCCCCGAGGAGGAGGCAUGA